GCCAGCAUGUAUCUAUCUAUCUAGGUGGAAUAAUGGUAGAUUGUUCUUUCUGACUGACGCACGACUAUGUUCAGUGGCAUAGAAAACAGACACAUCUUGAAGAGAAAAGUGUGCAACAAACAAAAGUGGUGAUUGACAGACAUUUGAGGACUUCAUCACUCAAAGUUUUAAUAUCAAACUAUACAUUAGGUUUGUUAUAAAAAUGGACAUUUUUGUGUCAAGGAGUUCUAAUAAAGUUUUAUUGGUGCAUAUUUGCGUAGUUUUCUUAUGUUUCAUGGCUUCGGGAAAUGGUUGGUUAUUUACGUCCAAGAAAAAAGUAUGUUACGGAAGUCUGGGGUGCUUUUCUGCUGCGAAACCUUUCACAAAUGCAGGUGGUCAGCUUCCGCGUGCUCCUGACGUCAUUAGCACGCGCUUCUUUCUGUUUACUCGGAACAACUCGGACAUUCCCGAAGAACUCUUGCUCAACGAUAAUAUUCGGAAAUGCGGUUGGAAGUCUUUCUGUGAAUCGAAAGACAUCAGAAUCAUCAUCCAUGGAUAUAUGGAUUCCAUCGAAAGACCAUGGGUGAAGAAGAUGGCGAGGACUUUAUUAAAGCAAGGCGAUUACAACGUGGUGAUUGUGGACUGGCGGUAUGGCGCCCGGGAGUACAACUACCUCCAGUCCGUCGCAAACAUACGUGUCGUCGGGGCACAGGUCGCCCAGCUGCUUGAAAUAUUCAAGCGCCUGUAUGACACGGAUUUCGGACGAGUGCACAUUAUUGGCCACAGUCUCGGCGCGCACGCGGCCGGAUAUGCCGGAGAGUAUGUGGAAGGAAUUGGUCGGAUUACAGGUCUGGACCCCGCCGGCCCUGCAUUCGUAGACGAGGACCCGGAAGUACGGCUGGAUCCUAUGGACGCUUUGUUUGUUGACGCUAUCCACACCGACGGAGAGCACCUGUUUAGUGGAGGGUUGGGCCUCAUGCAACCCCUUGGGACCGUGGAUUUCUACCCUAACGGGGGACGAGAUAUGCCUGGAUGUCCAAACACUUACUUCGCGAGGAUGACUGAGCUGUUUACGGGAAACUUUGACUUGGUACAAAACUUCGCCUGCAGUCACCUACGCGUGUUGAACUAUUUCACGGAGUCCAUCACCUCAAAAUGCCGGUUUACCGCCCACCUCUGCCCGAACACCACCCGUCUCACGUCCGCUGAGUGUUCCAAGUGUGGUACUGAUAUGCCAUGUGGCGUAAUGGGCUACCAUACUGACGUGAACAUGACCUCGGGGAUUUACCUUGUGUCUACGAAUGCUAAAUAUCCUUACUGUCAAGGAUAAUUGUGUUAUGCUCUUCAUUAUUUAUGUCUAUAUUAGAACCGCAGCAAGCAGAAAGAGAUCUAAGGCCAAAAUUAAUAAAUACAUGUAGUUCGUUUCCCUUCCAACUGUGUGGGUAGGUGGGUAGUUUUGUUGUGUAUUUCUCUUCCUAUAUUAAACUUUGACCACCGGAGACGCUAACAAUCGGUUUGGGAUAUUUCGUGAGUCGGACGAUAAACGCCAAACAAUCUAAUAAUUAAUUUAGGCCUUAUUUUUAACUACAUGUAUGUUUAAGGUAUCUGUUUUGGCAUCUCAUCAAAUAUGUUAUUCCUAAAAAUCGUUAUCUACUUUGAAUGGCAUAUUUUCAAUGGUCCUUACAAUUGGACUUUAAAGACGUCACAUCAUUGUCGCCGCCAUUGUUUUUACGUCACGGGGAAAUUAUGACGUCAUAUUUCCCGACUACGUCAGCACUUAAAGACUUAUAUAUCAGCUUGUUGAGGUUCACACAAACUUACCUGACCUUGGCAAUUAUCAAUGCAAUCUGUAUAUGUUAUAGAACAUUAUUGCUCGAUUAAAUGAGUCGGAAUGUGUUGUCAUAUUGUAAUGACAAGAUUUUCUAUAUAUACCAUUGUGUGCCGUGAAUAAAUA